AUGUCGACCCAGGAGAACACCCAGCAGAUCUUCUCAUGGGUUUCUAAGUCUCAAAGGGACUUAGCCAAGUCCAUCCUCAUUGGGGCUCCAGGAGGGCCGGCGGGGUAUCUGCGACGGGCCAGCGUGGCGCAGCUGACCCAGGAGCUGGGCUCAGCGUUCUUCCAGCGGCAGCAGCUGCCAGCCGCCAUGGCCGAUACCUUCCUGGAGCAUCUGUGCCUGCUGGACAUCGACUCUGAGCCUGUGGCUGCUCGCAGCACCAGCAUCAUCGCGACCAUUGGACCCGCAUCACGCUCUGUAGAGCGCCUCAAGGAGAUGAUCAAAGCUGGCAUGAACAUCGCCAGACUCAACUUCUCCCAUGGCUCCCAUGAGUAUCACGCUCAGUCCAUCGCCAACAUCCGGGAGGCGGUGGAGAGCCUGGCUACUUCCCCGCUUAGCUACCGCCCGGUGGCCAUCGCCCUGGACACCAAGGGACCAGAGAUCCGCACGGGGAUUCUGAAGGGGGGCCCUGAGUCAGAAGUGGAGCUGGUGAAGGGUUCCUCGGUGCUGGUGACCGUGGAUCCGGCAUUCCGAAUGCAGGGGGACGCACAGACUGUGUGGGUGGACUACCCCAAUAUCGUCCGGGUCGUGCCUGUUGGGGGCCGAAUCUUCAUCGAUGAUGGACUCAUCUCCCUGGUCGUCAGGAAAAUUGGGCCCAGAGGACUGGAGACUGAAGUGGAGAACUGGGGUACCCUAGGCAGCCGGAAGGGCGUGAACCUGCCCGGAGCCCAGGUGGACCUGCCUGGGCUGUCAGAACAAGAUGUCCAGGACCUUCGCUUCGGGGUUGAGCAUGGCAUAGACAUCGUCUUUGCAUCCUUUGUGCGAAAAGCCAGUGAUGUGGUUGCUGUCCGCGCUGCACUGGGACCCGAAGGACAGGGCAUCAAGAUCAUUAGCAAAAUCGAGAACCACGAAGGCGUGAAGAGGUUUGAUGAAAUCUUGGAGGUGAGCGAUGGCAUCAUGGUGGCCCGCGGCGACUUGGGUAUCGAGAUCCCGGCCGAGAAGGUGUUCUUGGCUCAGAAGAUGAUGAUUGGUCGAUGCAACUUGGCGGGCAAGCCUGUUGUCUGUGCAACACAGAUGCUGGAGAGCAUGAUUACCAAGCCACGGCCGACAAGGGCAGAGAGCAGCGACGUGGCCAAUGCGGUACUGGACGGGGCGGACUGCAUCAUGCUCUCGGGUGAGACCGCCAAGGGCAGCUUCCCUGUGGAGGCUGUUCAGAUGCAGCAUGCGAUUGCUCGGGAAGCCGAGGCUGCCGUGUACCACCGCCAACUGUUUGAAGAACUGCGCCGGGCAGCCCCACUGAGCCGGGACCUCACUGAAGUCACUGCCAUCGGUGCUGUGGAGGCCGCCUUCAAGUGUUGUGCUGCAGCCAUCAUUGUGCUGACCAAAACAGGCCGCUCUGCUCAGCUUCUGUCUCGGUACCGCCCACGGGCAGCUGUCAUCGCUGUCACUCGCUCUGCUCAGGCUGCUCGCCAGGCCCACCUGUGUCGGGGAGUCUUUCCCUUGCUCUACCGCGACCCUCCGGAGCCCGUCUGGGCAGAUGACGUAGACCGCCGGGUGCAGUUUGGCAUCGACAGUGGAAAGCUGCGUGGCUUCCUGCACGUGGGAGACCUGGUGAUUGUGGUGACCGGCUGGCGGCCUGGCUCUGGCUACACCAACAUCAUGCGAGUGCUGAGUGUGUCCUGAGGUGACCCUUCCUUCCUGACUCCCUUAGCUCCAUCUUAUGUGCCUCCUACCUACCCCUUCUCCCCAGCAUCUGCCCCCUAGCCCCAUUUCAGGUUAUCCUGCUAU